AUGGCUCAUCAUUCUAAAAUAUGCAUCUUCUCAAUAAAGUCAUGCAUGUAUGUAAUGUCCGCAGUGAAUAUCAUCUUGGCUAUUCUCUUGUUGCUACUUUCUAUAAUCCAGAAAGGUAAAGGUGUGCAUGCUCUUGCAGACUACCUCUGUUUUAUUAUAUUUAUCAUUAUUGCUAUUUUGGCGGCUUAUUCCGCGAUAAACGAGAAUUUUAUUUGGCCCUUACUUGCUGCAACGCUAGCCAUCAUAUUUUUACUAUUAAUUGCACUCGUAUAUCAUCUCUUUCAUUGUUAUAGAAAUCGAGUUGAUAUAUUCGAAGUUGCUGGUUCAGCAUUAAUUUAUUUGUCCAUUUUAACUGUUUCCGGAUUUUGCACCUUUAUUGCAAUCCGUUGGAGAACGUUUAUAACGUUUAGAAGGAAAGUCAAGAAGCAACAGAAUGCAUCGAAGCAAAAUUUUUAUUGA